AUGACAGUGAAACUGGGAGAGAGCGGCGGGGGGGGAGGGGGGGAGAAGCUGGGCAAGAGAGCAGGAGGAGAUGAGGAGUCCCUGGAAGAAGAAGGGGCAGGAGGAGGAGGAGAGGCAGCUCCAGGCAGCAGCAGCACAAAGAAAGAAGAGAAGAUUAUUAACAACAACACUAACAGCAGCCCCCCUCCGAACCCCAGCUUAUCACAGGCCCCGGCCUCCCUCCAGCCCUCCCACAGCCAGGACCAGCAUCAUUUUCUCAGGUCCAGCGUCAGACCUCAGAGCAAGAGGCUGAAGAAGGAUACCCAGGCAUCCUCUUCAGUUGGCAGCAGCACUGCUGCAAAAGGCAAAGCAGCAGAUAAUGGAGGGACUACAUCUGGUGGCACAUCAGGAAUUCCUCACAGCAAUCACGCUGGGAAUUCUAAGUCAGCAGCAAGGAACCUGAGCUCCUCAGCUGGAGAGAAGGAGGAAGGAAAGAAGGUCAGACGGCAGUGGGAGUCAUGGAGCACAGAGGACAAAAACACUUUCUUCGAGGGACUGUAUGAGCAUGGGAAGGACUUUGAAGCUAUCCAGAACAACAUUGCCCUGAAGUACAAGAAGAAGGGCAAACCAGCAAGCAUGGUGAAGAAUAAGGAGCAGGUUCGCCACUUCUACUACCGCACCUGGCACAAGAUCUCCAAGUACAUUGACUUUGACAACGUUUUUUCCCAAGGGCUGAAAAAAUCCUCCCUCGAACUAUACGGCUUAAUCUGCUAUGGGGAACUAAGGAAGAAGAUUGGGGGAUGUAUGGAUGACAAGAAUGCAGCUAAACUCAAUGAGCUCAUACAAGCUGGGGCUACGACUGUUCGUUACAAAGGCAGAAACCUUCGUAUCAAAGCUCCAAUGUGCAGGGCUUUGAAGAAGCUCUGUGAUCCAGAUGGUGUUAGUGAUGAAGAGGACCAGAAGCCAGUACGUCUUCCUCUCAAAGUCCCUGUGGAGUUGCAGCCACGAAAUAAUCACGCCUGGGCUAGAGUACAGAGUCUUGCCCAGAAUCCACGGCUUAGGAUGAUUGUAGAGUUACAUCGGAAGGUCUCCAGCCUCAUUGAGUUCCUGAAGCAGAAGUGGGCUCUCCAUGAAGUGCGUAUUCGUAAAACACUAGAAGAACGGCAGCUUCAAGACUCCAGAGACUCAGAAACAAGAGGCAGCUUCUCAGAGGAGAAAGUGACACUCCAUCUCUUCCCAGGAGAGAAUUGUACCCUCACUCCACUGCCUGGUGUAGCCAGAGUUGUCCACUCCAAGGCCUUCUGCACAGUGCACUGGCAGGAAACUGGCAAAUGCAAACAGAACACGAAAGACUCUCACUUACUACCCCCUGCACAAAUCCUAGGCAUACAGAGUGGUCAGGGGACAGCCAGGGGACAGCUGAAAUACACACGGGGAACAGAAGGUAAGGGUGUUGGAAGGGCAGAGAGCACUACAGAGUCAAGCAAAACCUCUCAGCCCACAGCUGAAGUUUCUGUGAGCUCUGAAGAUGGAGGCCCGGAGCCCAGCCUGGUGGAAGGAACAGCCUCAAAUCUUGGCAUCAGUAAUUCUCUCCAAAAACCACCUUCUGGACUUCCAGAUCCAGGAGGGAACCACGAAAAGCUGAGCUCAGUGGCCUUCUGCAUGGAGGGCAGGGAGGCCCUGGCUAGCGACCAGGCGACUGCGCCGCCGUCGUGCGGCACGGCUUGUGCUUGCAGCAGGAUCCCUGAUGUGGAGGAACUCUCUCUGCUCGAUCCAUUCCCACGGUACAUGAAGUCCUGUCAGGACCUGAUUGUCCCAGAGAAAUGUUCUUGCACAGACAAACUGCAUGCAAAAGACUCUGCUCCAGGAGCUGGUGAUAGUUCUCCUGUGGCUUUUCCAAGCGGGAGGAGUGCAGAAGUACCUGACUCCUGCUCGCAGCUCCCGAGAGGUGGUGUGGCCUCACCCGGCAGCGGCCCAUCCAGGGGUGAAACUCAGGGUAGCCACAACCAGGGCCAGCAGCCUGAUGCUUGUACCAAGGAUGUAACAGAUAUGGUGAUGGAGGAUUCUCAAGAGAAGCUGGGCUCCUCAUUUCCACCUCCACCUCAGGGACAAUCUAGUACAAAGUCUCUCAAGGACGACCCAAACCGUCUGUCUCAGCAGGUUAGGGAAGAAGGAUGGAGUCUCCGAACUUCUGAGAGCCUUACGCUGGCUGAAGUCUACCUCAUGAUGGGCAAACCCAACAAGCUGCAGCUGGAAUAUGACUGGUUGGCUGUCCUGGAGCCAGAAAGCCAGGAUACUAGGGAGCAAACAGCUGAGUCAAGUGCUGUUCCUACAUGUACCACCUUUCACAAGCAGAGACUCCUGAACUGCCUUUUAAAACUCAUCUCUACUGAAGUCAAUCCCAAACCAACUCCCGAGAUGAGCUCUGUUGCCACGUCACCUAUAAAGCCUGCUCAAGAGGAGCAGUCACUGACUCCUCCAGGAAAAGUGAUUGCCAUCAGCACCAGGAGUCCAGGUUGUGCACGAAAUCAGUCUGCCCUUCGCAACAACAAGGCUUUUUCUCCUGGUGCUGCUUCCAGCUCCUCAG